GACCGGACGUGAUGGAUUGAUGAUGGAUUAUUUGCGGAGUGAUACAUUGUGAGUUUGCCCAGGUCACUGCGAUUACAAGCACCUUGCUUCCUCCGGCCCCUAACCUGCACCGUGUCCGUGCCCACAGAUCGAACUGAAGGUUAGUGAUGCGAUAUUCUCACGCCCAUCCACAGCCAAGGAUUUGAAAUUACUCCCAAAACAUGUGGACAGGUCCAGGUCCAGAACACCUUUAAAGUCUGCAAGGAAAGCCAAGUCGGCAGUGUUCACGGAGGCCGUGGUCCCUCUCUACCUCACUGACAAGACACAGGAGAUGUUCCAGUGCAUCAUCGGUCAGGACGUCACUGCGGACAAUCCCCACAGGAUUAUCAAGAAGGAGGUCAUCAUCGAUGACAUGAAGGCUCGGGCAGCCGUGUCCGACUUCCACCCCUACAAGCACCCAAUCUUGGACUAUCAAGGCGACGACAUUAUGAUUGCCUAUGAUGUCAACUCCAAAUACGGGCAAAACUUCUACCUGGUACUGAAUGAGAUGAUGAAGGAGAUAAUCUUACAGAGCUUCCAAAUAAACAAGACUCAGGACACAGUCGACCAACAGGAACACAGCCAAGAACCCAAACACAAACCCUGGGCCGAUCUGGGCAGCGGCAUUGAGAUUGAACAAGAACAGUUUGAGGAAACGCCAGUGAAGAUUAAAUUCAUGAUCUCCCGGGUCCGGCGGAUGUUCGGGGCGCCGGUGAGAUUCGCUGAUCGCAACGAUGCCGAGAUGAAGGACAGCUACGUGGAAUGUGCGUCGUACCAGGAUAAAAGUUUCAACAUCAAGAAGCUGGAGAGAGAUAUCGGGAUACAAGCCGUGUCAAAGUUGCAGGAGAGCAGCACUCAGACCAAAUGGACCUACCCACGGAACGCCUGCACUCAGUACACACCCCGGGAAUUCUCCAGCCCCGAGCGGGAAGAGCUCAUGACAUCAGAAGCCCUGCACACCUUCGUCAACUCCGUAUCCGUCAGGUUUGAGUGCGCGCUGCAGCAGAACGAGAUCAUGGACGUGUUCUACGACGACUGGCGCGGUCUGUCGGAGGAGGACAGCACGUUUGGCGGCAAGACGGACGGCCACCUGAAGGAGUACCAGUCCUUCACCGACCUCCUCAAGUCCCAGGGCAAGAGGAUCAGUCACAUUGAGUGGCACCCCGCCAUCCUCGGCCUGAUCGCCGUCUCCAUCGCAGACGUCAUCACCAUGGAGGAUCGGAUGAACCCGAGCAGCAGAGCGGUCCACAGCCACUCCUACAUCCUCUUCUGGAACUUCAGUGACCCCAUUCACCCACAGAUCAUGCUGGAAGCUCCGGAUGAUAUUUACUGCUUCCAGUUCUGUCCCACAGACACCAACAUCGUGGCUGGCAGCUGCACCAACGGCCAGGUGGUGUUGUGGGAUCUGAGUGAGUUUGCUGGUCUGCUGCAGGGUAACAUUCCUGCCGCUAAGCCUGAGACCCAGAAGUCCAACCUACUGCCGGAGUUGGACCCAUCGCCACCGUGUGAGGUGCCGGUCGCUCAGCACUGCGCUGUGUCCUCCAUCGAGAAUGGCCACAAGUCCAUGGUGACUGACCUGUGCUGGCUCCCAGACCACUUUGAGCUAACGAGGUUUGGAGUUCCGUGCGAGAGCACAGAAGGUUUAUGUGUGCAACUCGUUACUUGUUCCCCAGACUGCACGGUCCUGUUCUGGGACAUUCGCCACGCUAAAUUCACCGCCCUGUCCAUGCAGGAGAAGCGCAAAAUCGAGAAGGAACUGCAGAAUCCCCAGGGAGUUCCCAACACAUUCAAACACCUGGAUCUGCACUGGAGACCCAUGCACAAGGUGACUCUGCCCAAGAUCUCGGGGAUAGGGGACUACAGCCCGCUCCUGUUCAGCAUGAGGGAGAAGUGCAGCGAUCGCGUUAAAGAGCAUGCCCAAUACCACCUGAAUGCAGAGAAGGGGGAGAACAUGGAGUACACCGCCAUGGAUGUCCCUUCACUCCGAAACCUGACCUCCCUCCUGGAAAUCAACACCUUCCUCUUCAUCGGCACCGAAGACGGGGAGAUCAUUUACGUCGACUGGCAAGUGGAGAAAGACCUGGACACGGGGAAAAUGACCACCCCGCACCCCGCGUACUGCUACUCCGUGCACGACGGGCCCGUCAACUCGGUGCAGCGCUCGCCCUUCUUUGACGACAUCAUCCUCACCACUGGAGGAUGGACAAUCGCCAUUUGGAAAGAAGGCGUCACGCUGGGUCCACUGCUCCACACCGCCUGUGGCAAUAAGAGAUGUACCACGGCCCAAUGGUCCCUCUCCCGGCCGGGCGUGUUCAUCAUCGGCAAGGAGGACGGCAACAUCGAUAUCUGGGACUUGCUGGAGAAAACCCACGAGCCAUCGCAGUCCCAGAACAUCACCUCCGUGUCCAUCAGCUGCAUGAAGCCCUGCAUCAUCUCACAGAAGCAGCAUCUCCUGGCCGUGUCCGAUGACUUUGGCACGUUGCACAUUCUGGAGGUUCCCUGGUCUCUGCGACACCCAUUUAACCAGGAGUUGUCUACUGUCGAGGCCUACUUUGACCGGGAGGAGCAACGACUGGCUUACUUUGAAACGAGGAAAUUAUCCCGAGCCGAAAUGCUGGAGAGGCUGAAUCAAAUGGGACGGGUACCAUUUCCAUUGGAGUCGAGGACAGCAGAAGAAAUAGAGGAGGAAAUGAAGAAGGAAUAUUCUGUUUAUCUGCUGGACGAGAAGAAAGCCAUCAUCGCCCAGCUGGGAAAGACUUGAAAAUAUUUCAUCCUGU